AUUAUGUCCACAUUUGCAAGCAAUAAAAGGGCAUUAUGUGCUGGUCAUUCCAUCUGCUUUUGAGAUAAAUCUAUGUUAGCAUUUCAAAGGGUCAAGGAACUCUCCAGGGCAAACAAAUUCUGGAGCGCUGAUGCCAGAUGGUGCGUAUAUAAAGCGGAAAGCGAGAAAAGCAAUUUACUGUGUUUCUGUUCUAGGGAGAAGUUUCACCCAGAAGGACGGCAAAAGAGGAAGAGAACUGAACAACAAUGCUGAGGUUUGCUGUCACCCUCUUUGCUGUCAUCACAUCAUCUACCUGCCAGAAGUAUGGAUGUCUGGAAGGGGACACCCACAAAGUGAAGCCAAGUCCUGAGCCAAACAUGCGUGAAUGCACUCUGUAUUCUGAAUCUUCCUGUUGCUAUGCAAACUUCACAGAGCAAUUGGCUCGUUCCCCAGUAAUUAAAGUAAGCAACAGCUACUGGAACAGAUGUGGGCAGCUCAGUAAAUCCUGUGAAGAUUUCACAAAGAAAAUUGAGUGCUUUUACCGGUGUUCUCCGCACGCUGCUCACUGGAUCAAUCUCAGUUACACUGCUGCUAUUCAGUCUGUUCCACUGUGUCAAAGCUUCUGUGAUGACUGGUACGAAGCCUGCAAAGAUGAUUCCAUUUGUGCUCGUAACUUGCUGACGGACUGGGAAUGGGAUGAAAGUGGGGAAAACCACUGUAAGAGUGAAUGCAAGCCGUACAGUAAGAUGUAUGCAAAUGGGACCGACAUGUGCCAGAAUAUGUGGGGGGAAUCAUUUGAGGUGAGCGAAUCCUCCUGCCUCUGCUUGCAAAUGAACAAGAAGGACAUGGUGGCAAUCAAGUACCUCCUCUCUGAAAGCUCAGAGGAAAGCUCCAGCAUCAGCAGCAGUGAGGAGCAUGCCUGCCAAAAGAAACUCCUGAAGUUUGAGGCACUACAGCAAGAGGAAGGGGAAGAGACAAGAUGAAUUUUGGUGGAUGAAUGUCAGAGGAGAGAAAUCAUUGUGGAGGUUGGGCUCAGGGUAUCACACCAGCCUGCUUUAUCCCUCACUUCCAAGAAACACAAUAAAUCAAUGAUUGGCUAUAUUAA